CAGUGUCAGAGGCUGGCCUCAGCACAGUUCCACGCUUCAAAGGUCGUCAGUGACUCCCUUCCUUCUCAGACUGUUUAAAUCCCAGUCAGUCAGUGUGAGACCACAGACAGGACAACUGGCGUGGUGUUUUCCAAACCUUCACCGUAACACAGAGUGCAAACUCAGGCUCAACACUGCACCACAGCUUCAACACUGCACCACCAGGCUCAACACUGCACCACCAGGCUCAACACUGCACCACCAGGCUCAACACUGCAGCCCAGCCAUGAGCAGCACCAAACAACUCGACAACAGGAGCGGAGACAAUGCAACCAAGAAGAAGUGCCCCUUGGCCAUGGGGCUGGAGGGCAUUGCCCCCCUGGUGCGCACUGUUGAGGAGAUCCCUGAGCCCAUCACCACGGUGAUCAAGGGGAACAUCCCAUCCUGGAUCAAUGGAAGCUUCCUGCGGAAUGGGCCCGGAAGGUUUGAGUUCGGCAAAGACAACUUCAACCACUGGUUUGACGGAAUGGCCUUGAUGCACCGCUUCUACAUCCAUGACGGUGAGGUGACCUACAGCAGCCGCUUCCUGCGCAGCGACUCCUACGUGCGUAAUUCUGAGAAAGACCGCAUUGUGGUGUGUGAGUUUGGAACCAUGGCCAUGCCUGACCCCUGCAAGAACUUCUUUUCUCGAUUCUUAUCCCGCUUCAAGAUUCCCAAGGCCACAGACAAUGCCAGUGUGAACUUUGUGAAGUACAAGGGUGACUAUUAUGUAAGCACAGAGACCAACUACAUGCGGCGGGUGGAUCCACAGAGCCUGGAGACCAAGGAGAAGGUGGACUGGUCUAAAUACAUUGCAGUAAACUCCGCCACAGCCCAUCCUCAUUAUGACCGUGAAGGGGCCUCGUACAACAUGGGCAACUCCUAUGGCAAGGGCGUUUUAUAACUCCAUGUGCAGAAACCUUCCACGGAGAUACGUCCUACCCCUGACGGUAACUGAUGACACACCCAGCGACCAAAACCUUGUCACUCUGCCUUUCUGUCAAGCAACUGCAGUCAAGACUGGGUGUGGAAAGGUGCUUUGUACACACGAGGAACUCUAUGAUGAAGAGCUGUUCCAGUACGGUGGCCUGGAGUUCCCACAGAUCAACUAUGCCCAUUACAACGCGCGUCCUUACCGCUACUACUACGCAUGCGGCUUCGGACACCUGUUCAGCGACUCCCUGCUGAAGAUGGAUCUGGAGACCAAGAAACUUAAGGCAUGGCGUCACCCUGGUCUGUUCCCAUCUGAGCCUGUGUUUGUUCCUGCGCCCAACGCAACCGAGGAGGACGAUGGUGUGGUCAUGUCCGUCAUCAUCACACCCAGAACUGAGAAAAGCACGUUCCUGCUGAUUCUGGAUGCCAAGACUUUCACGGAGCUGGGCCGGGCAGAGGUUCCAGUCAACAUUCCAUUUGGAACUCAUGGAGUAUUCAAUGAGAUGCACUGAAAAUGCUAACGUCACAACCCCUUCAGCAUUCUGCUUAUGAAAUUACUCCAUCCAUGGAUGUCUUUUCUGAUGCUGUUAAAUUAACAUCUCUAACUACUGCAGUACUCUUGGACCAUUUUCGGUACAGCCAGAGGAGGAAGGCCCUCUCCUCUGAGUCUUGUUCCUCUUGAGGCUAAGACUCUCGAGGUUUGUUCCUUCUAGGGAGUUUUCCCCUGCCACUGUACUUCUGCUGCUUGCUAUUUGGGGUCUAGGCUGGGGUUCUAUAAUAAUAAUAACAAUAAUAAUGAAGUAAUACAUUGGAUUUUUAUAGCACUAUGAAGUAUUUUGUACCAACUGCUAAGGUAGAAAGGCUUUAUAAAUACAUCUAAUUGAUUUAUUGAUAUCACAGAACUGAGGAGAACCAGUUCCUCAGACCCUGUUAAAAUGUCAGUCUGUAGACACAUCUAUCUAUGUCAUAUCCUUAUCAAAAGGUACCCUGCUUUGUAAAGUAAAUGAUGUUGGUGACUGA